AUGCUGGUUCUUUUUUACCAGAAAGAAGAUCCUGUGAGGAGCAUAAAAGACUGCUGGGAUAGCCCGAAUGCCCCUGCACUUUCCACUUGCAGCAAUGCAGGUAUAUUCCGCCGAAUAAAUGCCAUGUUGGACAACUCUCUGGAUUUCAGUGGAGUCUGCACCACGCCUGUCACAAAAAGCAAAUGUGAUGCUCUGCCAGACAUCCAGGACUCUGAAGAAGCAGUGGCAAGCAGGAUGCUCUUCCCUACGUCCACGCAAGAGUCUUCCCGUGGCCUCCCAGACACCAACGAUCUGUGCCUUGGCCUGCAGUCUCUCAACCUGACAGGGUGGGACAGACCCUGGAGCACCCAGGCCACUGACACUGCAGCACAAACCAGCACGCAGUCCGUUCUCGGCAUGCUGAGUAACCCUCUUGGGAACGUCCUGGGGAAGCCCCCGCUGGGUUUUCUGCCUUUAGACCCCAUGGGUUCAGACCUGCCUGAAAAGUUUUCCACACCGUCGCUGAGGAACUCCCGCUCCCUCCUGGACUCCCGCUCCAGCAGCCCCUCAGACUCGGACACCAGUGGGUUCAGCUCUGGUUCUGACCACCUCUCAGACUUGAUUUCAAGCCUUCGCAUAUCCCCUCCUCUGCCCUUCUUGCCUCUCAGUGGGGUGUCAAGAGACCCCUUGAAGAUGGGUGUGGGAUCCCAGCUCGAUCAAGAUCAAGCUGCCCUGGCUGCAGUAACUUCCUCUCCGGCCAGUGCAUCGAAAAGAUGGCCUGGAGCAUCUGCGUGGCCUUCCUGGGAUUUUCUGGACUCUCCAGAAGACCCCUUCAGUAUUGAAAGAGAAGCCCGGCUUCAUCGGCAGGCGGCAGCUGUGAAUGAAGCAACCUGCGCCUGGAGUGGGCAGCUGCCUCCCCGAAACUACAAGAACCCUGUCUACUCCUGCAAAGUGUUCCUGGGAGGAGUCCCAUGGGACAUUACGGAAGCUGGGCUGAUCAACACUUUCCGUGUUUUUGGCUCCCUGAGUGUGGAGUGGCCUGGUAAGGAUGGCAAACACCCACGCUGUCCUCCCAAAGGUAAUAUGCCUAAAGGAUAUGUCUACCUGGUGUUUGAGUCGGAGAAGUCGGUGCGUGCACUGCUCCAGGCGUGCUCCCGGGACCUGCUGAGCCCCGAUGGGCUCAGUGAGUACUACUUCAAGAUGUCCAGCCGUAGGAUGCGCUGCAAAGAGGUGCAGGUGAUCCCAUGGGUGCUGGCUGACAGCAACUUCGUGCGCAGCCCCUCGCAGCGGCUGGACCCCAGCAAGACAGUGUUUGUGGGGGCCCUGCAUGGGAUGCUGAAUGCAGAAGCCCUGGCAGCUAUCAUGUAUGACCUGUUUGGAGGAGUGGUCUAUGCUGGCAUUGACACUGACAAGCACAAGUAUCCCAUAGGGUCAGGCCGUGUCACCUUCAACAACCAGCACAGUUACCUGAAGGCUGUGACUGCUGCAUUUGUGGAGAUCAAAACCACCAAGUUUACCAAGAAGGUUCAGAUUGACCCGUACCUGGAGGACUCCAUGUGCCAAGUGUGCAAUGCUCAGCCUGGCCCAUUCUUCUGUAGAGACCAGAUCUGCUUCAAGUAUUUCUGCCGCUCGUGCUGGCACUGGCAGCACUCCAUGGAGGUCCUGCGCCACCACCGCCCGCUGAUGCGCAACCAGAAGAACCGGGACUCCAGCUAA